AUGGGUGGUGGAGAUCUUAACAUGAAAAAGUCCUGGCACCCAGUGCUCUUAGUCAAUCAAGAGCGGGUAUGGAAAGCUGAGAAAACCGCGAAUGAAGAGAAGAAGAUGUUAGCGCAGCUUCGUAAGGAGAGGGAAGAAGAAAGGCAACUAGCGGAAUUACAAAGGCUUCAAGAAUCCUCAACUGGAAAGAAACGAGUAGAGAAGAUGGACUGGAUGUACGCUGCUCCGGGUGCCGAAGGCGGUGCGUUAGGCGGCCAAAAACUAGGUGAGAGGGAGAUGGAAGAGUAUCUAUUGGGUAAGAAAAGAGUAGAUGAAGUCUUGGCAAGAGGCGACAAAGAUGUUGGUGCAACACACAAAGAUUUUAUCGCUGUACAGAACGCUAAUUCAGCUCGAGAUACCGCUUCCAAGAUUGGAGAAGAUCCCCUAUUGGCCAUAAGGAAACAAGAACAAGCGGCUCUAGCAGCAUUGAUGAAUCGACCUGACAUUAGAAAACAACUCAAAGCUGCCAGAAAGGAGAAAUCCGAGAGUAAGGAAGAUAAAGAGGAGAGAAGGGCUAGGAAGAGAGCUGAAAAGGACGAAAGAAGGGCAAAGAAGCAUGAUAGGAGGGAGAGAAGAGAUGGAAGAUCCCCUAGGUCGGACUACUCAGACGAAAGGGAUAGGGAUAGAAAGUAUAGCCGGGAUUACUAUGAUAGGGAUGAUAGAAGGAGAAGGGAUUACGACAGGGAUAGGUCCAGAUCAAUUUCACCGAAGAGAGAAAGAGAUGAAAGAGAUUACAGGAGAGAUCAGUCAUCCAGAAGAACCCACAGAGAUGACAGUCCUAGGAGAAGUAAUGGGUCUAGAGAGAACAAUUAUGAACGAGAUGAUAGGAAUAGAAGUCGAGAUGGACAUCGAAGACGCGAUGAGGACAUGGCAAAUCAUCGACAUGAUCGAGAGCGAGAUGACCCUCGAAUACCACCACCUCGACCUUACCCUAACGGUUCGUCCGAAUCAAGAGAUAUCAAACCCCAUCCGACACGACCGUCAGCAAUGGACAUGGCUGACCGUCCGACCUCCUCUCGUCCUGUACCUACCAAUGGUAGUUCUUCGACCAAUGGAAGUGGUCAAUCUCUCGACGAGAUGCGUGCGGCUAGACUAGCAGCAAUGCAAUCUUCCGCUACUGAAAUGUACGAUCAACGAACCAAGACGCUUGCUCAACGUGCAGAAGAGCAACAGCGCGAAACUGAAAGAGACGAGAAAAUGAGAGCUAAAUAUGGACAAGAACAAGCUAGUGCUGGUUUCUUCAAGCAACAAAGUGGAAUGAACCUCUCAGAAUCUUUAUCGAGAAGAGCUGGAAAGGGUCUGUUGAGAGAUAUCUAG